UCCACUUCGGGCUGAUCCUCGCCAGGUUUUCUAGCGCAACCCAUCCGUAUUCUUAUUGUGGGCGUGAAACUCUCUGCUCUAACCUCCUCUCUACUUGAAUGAACUACAAGUGCAAAGUCAUACUACACUGUUUAGUGUACUCGACAGUGAGCGAAACAUUGUACCCGAGGGCAUCUACGGUUAAUAGUUACAUAGACAACACUUGUUUCAGUGUACAGAGCAAUGGAGCCUCAUGUAAACGCGAAGCGGCUUUUUAAUCACGCGACAACCCUGAAGCUUCACACGGGGAAUUUAGUCAACCGCAGUCGACUUAAGAAGAAAUGUCCGUCUUCCCCUAGUGAGGAGCUACAAGACUGCAUCCAAGGCACAUUGAGCGAGUGGUUUGCUGCAAUGCCGUCAUCUCUUGACUUUGAGCUUCCCAGCAUUCUGGACUGCGCUAUUCCAGAAAACACAGAGGCCAUCACCCCAGAGGAGAGAGAGGAGCUGAAAGUGUCUGUCAAACAUUUUCUCACUGAGUCGGACCCUUCAUCCAUCAGAAGUGCGGUGGACAUGGCUUGUCUUUCGUUAGGUGUAUCUCAGUUGGACUCUGUGAUCAUUGCUCCACCUCCUCUCCCCGAGGGUGAGGCACAGACGCUGACCCACCUGCAACCACUGUGGGAGGAGCUGGAAAGUCUUGUGCAAAGCCAGAAGAUCGCUGCCAUCGGCACAUCCGACUUGGACAAAACUCUUUUAGAGCAGCUGUAUAACUGGGCUCAGGUAAAGCCAAGUAGCAAUCAGGUGAAUCUGGCCUCGUGCUGUGUUAUGCCUCCAGACCUCACUGCAUUUGCUAAAGAGUUCGACAUACAAUUGCUUACGCACAAUGAUCCCAAAGAGCUAAUCAGUGCAGCAGGCUUCCAGGAAGCAGUGCAGGGGAGCAGUAAGGACCUGCAGGUGGACAACUGGAAGCUGGAGUGGGUCUUACGGUACUCCAUCAUCGUCAAGAGCAGAGGCAUCAUAAAAGCAAAAGGCUACAUCGUUCAUGCUAAAAAGGGCAACAACCUAUAACAUGUCCAGUUUGAACAGGGUUUCCUGAAAUUUAUUCCACUAAAUUUAGGGAGCUUCUACAUCAGUGAUGCAUAUUUUACAGAAUUUUUUUUUUUUGACAACACACUAAAGUGAAUCUGAAUUUUCAAAGGAACAAAAAUUCACUUGACUCAUUUUUCCUCAUGAUUUAGAAUAUUUAGACUAUCUGUGCUAUAUAUAUAGCUAUCUGUUCUUGUCGAUAAAUGCAAAGUGCCUCUUUUUUUCCUGACCUGGCCUGGUUUAAUUCUCUGUAUUUUUCAAAAGGGUGAAAAAUUAAAUAUAUAAAAAUGGUUGAUAGGACAACAGAUUAAGAAGCUUCAAAUAUCAUAAUAUUGUUUUGUUAAUCAUUUAUUCUGUUUUAUUUACAAAUGUUAACCACCUUUUUUAGGUUUUUUUUGAAGAGUGGUUAACUAUGUGGGCCACAUAGUUGUAUUUUUUUUUUACUUUAAAUUUUAAUGUCAUUUUAAGUCCUGCUGGCAUUUUAAGUUUGUAUAAUUUAUUUUGAUCGAUGCUUUGCUUGGAAUGUUCAGUAAAUGUUUUCUUACCUGUUUUCAACAGAUGAUUCUAUCUCUUUUGCAUCCCUUUGUAAACAAAAUGCCUUGCUUAUCUGAUAAAAAGAAAUAUUCAAAUAUGUAACUAUGGGAGGCUGUUAACAUGCAUGGCAUGAACGGCAUUAACUCAUUGUAUAUAAGAACACUGGAAAAUUCCACAUUCGAAGGAAAAUAAUGAUUAUAGUUCCAGUAUCCAACGAAUAGUCAGAAUAUAUAUUUUUACCUGUGUUAUUUAUUCAUUGUAAUGACGAUUCCUGUUGGAGCCAAUCGUAUAAUAGAGUUUUUCUUUCAUGUACUGUACAUGUAAUUACUAUUUUCCCAUAUUGUGUUAAACAUUUUUAAUAUGGUUUAUAAACUUCGGAAUUGAAAAAUCUG